UGCGGUAGCGAUGGCAUUCAACUCAAGACUCUCAGGGGACGACACGCUGUCGACGUCAUCCGACGCCAAACAUGAUACAACGCGUCCAGUUGAUUGGUGUGACAUCCACGCGCACGGCUAUCUCCUCCGCAUCUUGUGCACACCGCCGGACCUGCGCGUAAGCGGCGCGCGUCGUUGCGACGACGUCCCCCAGCUGUCGCGGAGCAUCGAUCACGACACAUUGUCCACUCCGCCACAUGGUCUAACCACUUGAUGGGGGGCCAGUGACUGUUCCCACUCACAUGUGCGAGGCGCAAGUGGCGUGUGCUAGUCGCUGUCAUGUGCCAGGGCCUCUCCUCCUGCGGCUGUGUCUGCAAGUCACGUGACCACCGCUGUGCCAGUCCGAGUGUUAGGCGUCCAGAGCGGCUCCACCCCAGCGGACGCCUCAGCUACGACACACUACUCUCACCAUCAUGCUUAAGACUCUUUGCAUUGUGGCGCUUAUUGCUGCCGUGGCGACCGCCAACCUCGUCCACAUCCCGCUCGUUCACAAGGAGCGCUCGGCUGGGUACGCCCAGGAGCUCAUCGAGAUCGAUGCUCUCCGCCAGCAGGGCUUCUUCAAGGACCUGUCUGCUGCGCCCAAGGCGUCGCAGGCUACCCUCCCGCUCAUGAACAACGAGGACCUCGACUACACCGGCAUCGUCCAGAUCGGCACCCCCGGCCAGUCGUUCUCGCUUGACUUUGACACCGGCUCGUCCAACCUCUGGAUCGCCUCCACCGCUUGCUCCGGCUGCGGCUUCACCAACUACUUCAACGAGUCGGCCUCGACGACCUUCCAGAAGAACGGCCAGAACUUCCAGAUCACCUACGGCUCCGGCUUUGUGUCGGGCACUCUGGCUGCUGACACCAUCGACAUUGCCGGCCUCGUCGGCACUGAUGUCACCUUUGGCAUUGUGAACCAGGCUUCGGGCUUCAACGGCGCCGGCAUUGACGGCCUCCUCGGCCUCGCCUACAAGUCGAUCUCGGCUGACCAGGUCCCGCCGGUCUUUGACGUCAUCGCCAAGCAGAACGGCCUCAACAACAUUGUCUCGUUCUACCUCUCGUCGGACUCGUCGACCAACGGUGCCCUCACCUUUGGCGGCCUCAACUCGCAGUACUACAAGGGUACCCCGACGUACACCAAGGUCACGCACCAGCAGUGGUGGGUCAUCAAGGGUGAGUCGAUCGACGUCGGCUCGACCCGCGCUGUCGGCGGCCUCUUCGGCUUCUCGGCCAUUGUUGACUCGGGCACCUCGCUCCUCAUUGUCUCGCCGUCUGCUGCCCGCACCAUCACCGACAAGGUGACCGUCAACCAGGACUGCUCCGGCAUCGAGUCGAACCCCUCGCUCACCGUCACCAUCGAGAAGCAGGCCUUCACCAUCACCCCCGACCAGUACGUCGUCAAGCUCUCCCAGCAGGGCCAGACCCAGUGCAUUCUCGGCAUCCAGGGCGCUACCCUCUCGUCCGAGUUCUCGGUCAUCCUCGGCGACGUCUUCAUGCGCACCGUCUACACUGUCUUUGACAAGGACUCGUCGCGCGUCGGCUUUGCCCAGCUCGCUUAAGCGCGCUGCUUCGGCAACGACACAGCCAUCGUAAACCGAUUCAAGUUUUCUCCC